AUGGCUGAAGCCAUACCGCUCAAACAAGUUAGAAAGGAAGAUGUGGUGAAUUUUAUUCGUGUGAAUAUUAUUUACCGUUAUGGAGUUCCCCGGUACAUUAUCACUGAUAAUGGAAAAUCCUUCUCCAAUAGCUUGAUGGAUAAAUUGUGCGAGAAAUUUAAUCUCAAGCAACGCAAGUCCUCCAUGUAUAAUGCCCCCGCCAAUGACCUCGCAGAGGCAUUCAACAAAACUUUGUGUAACUUGUUGAAGAAAGUGGUGGCCAAAUCAAAGAAGGAUUGGCACGAAAGGAUAGGUGAAACUCUUUGGCCUUAUCGCACUACAUACCGAACUACAACGCAAGGCACAUCAUAUGCCUUAAUCUAUGGUGUAGAAGCUGUUCUGCCCCUUGAGCAACAAAUUCCUUCUUUGAGAAUUGCUAUUCAGGAAGGGCUCACGGAGGAAGAAAAUAUUCGCCUGCGCCUUGAAGAAUUGAAAGGUUUAGAUGAAAAGAAAUUGGAGGCCCAACAAAAUCUCGAAUGCUAUCAUGCCCGUCUCUCUAGAGUUUUUUAUAAGAAAGUUCGGAGCCGCUCCUUUCAAAUCGGGGACAUGGUACUUGCCGUUCGAAAGCUAAUAGUUAUGACCCAUCGUACUAAAGACAAAUUCGUCUCUAAAUGGGAUGGACCAUACGUUGUUCGAGAAAUCUACACGAAUGGCGCGUACAAACUAGUGGACAAAGAUGACGUAAAAGUUGGUCCUAUAAAUGGAAAAUUCAUGAAGUUAUACAUGCCAUAG